UUGAGUUCCACCACCACAGGGUGUGUUCUUGCCGACAGGUCCUAACCCAGGCCAUCACAGUUCAACUCAAUGCAAAAAUCACCCCAAAACUGGGGCGGGGCAAAGGAACACAAAGUUUCUUGGCUCAAAGUUUACAAGACCGGGAAGGCAGCCACAAGGCAAAAAUCACCCCAAAACUGGGGCGGGGCAAAGGAGCUACAGUUAUGCAAAGUUUCUCGGCUCAAAGUUUACAAGACCUGGAGUGUUCCUCAGUCAGCAGGGGAGUAGGAAAUGUCCCUGGAGUAGGACAUUUUCAAACAUCUGUUUACUCUGGAAGAUGGGCAUCAUGGAAUUAUUCACACCAAUAGCAAUCGCUGUCCUGGGAAGCUGCGUUCUUUUCUUAUUCUCCCAGUGGAAGAAUUUGCGUGGACCCCCAUGCAUCCAGGGCUGGAUUCCCUGGAUCGGAGCUGGAUUUGAGUUUGGGAAAGCCCCUCUUGAAUUUAUAGAAAAAGCAAGAAUUAAGUAUGGACCGGUAUUUACCAUCUUUGCUAUGGGAAACCGAAUGACCUUUGUUACUGAAGAAGAAGGAAUCAAUGUGCUUCUAAAAUCUAAACAUGUGGACUUCGAAUUAGCAGUACAAAACACUCUCUAUCACACAGCAUGUAUUCCAAAGAAUAUCUUCUUUGCACUGAAUGAAAAGCUGUAUGUCUUGUUGAAAGGGAAGAUGGGAACUUUCAACAUACAUCACUUUACUGGACCACUGACUGAAGAAUUUCAUCAUCAACUGGAAGGUUUAGGCGCUUAUGGAACAAUGGACCUGAAUGACUUUAUAAGGCAUCUACUUUAUCCAGCCACGCUCAAUACUCUCUUUAUGAAAGGGUUGUUUCUUGCAGACAAGAGGAACGCCAAGGAAUUCUACCAGCAUUUUAAAACCUAUGAUGAGGGCUUUGAGUAUGGCUCCCAGCUGCCGGGAUGGCUUCUGAGAGACUGGUCAAAAUCCAAAAGAUGGCUCCUGGAGCUGUUUGAGAAAAAUAUUAAAGACAUAAAAGCUCAUGGAUCUUCAGGUCGUUCUGAAACCGUCUUGCAGGCCUUGUUGGAAACGGUGGAGACGGAAGCACAUCAAUACAGUUCAAAUUGUAGUCUGCUCAUGCUUUGGGCUGCUCUGGCCAAUGCUACUCCUAUUGCGUUCUGGACACUUGGAUAUAUCCUGUCUCAUCCCGAUCUCCACAGGACCAUUUUAGAAAGCAUAUCUUCUGUGUUUGGCACUGCAGGUAAAGACAAGAUUGAAGUGUCUGAAGAUGACCUGAAAAAGCUCCUUCUAAUUAAGUGGUGUAUUCUGGAAUCCAUCCGCUUGAGAGCCCCUGGUAUCAUUACUAGAAAGGUAGUGCAGCCAGUUAAAAUUCUGAAUUACACAGUUCCUUCUGGGGAUCUGCUGAUGUUGUCUCCAUUCUGGCUACACAGAAAUCCAAAGUAUUUUCCUGAACCUGAGUCAUUCAAACCUGAACGCUGGAAAGAGGCAAAUUUAGAUAAGUACAUUUUCUUGGACUACUUCAUGGCGUUUGGAGGUGGGAAGUUCCAAUGUCCUGGAAGGUGGUUUGCUCUCUUAGAGAUUCAGCUAUGUAUUAUCUUAGUGCUUUAUAAGUAUGAGUGCAGUCUUCUGGACCCAUUACCAAAGCAGAGUUCUCUUCAUUUGGUGGGUGUGCCCCAGCCAGCAGGGAAAUGCCGAAUUGAAUAUAAGAAACGAGCUUGACCUUCUUUGGAACUCAAGAGAUUCAGAACCUUCUGGAGGAGUGAAGUUGCCCACCCACCUACUGUCCUCCCUGCACCUCAACCUGAAGACAUCCUAAUGGCUCAUGCAUUUCAAAUCGGAGGACCAUGCACCAAAUUUCACUGUCAGGAUCAUAGAAAUAAUUCAAGGUUUAUAGAAAGGGUUCAGGGGAUUUUUAAAAAUUUGAUAAAACAUUGGAAUUUGGCUUCAUAUAUAGCCAUAUCAAAACUUCAAGUAGAAAUGUCACUUUAAUAGGACUAUUGGUAUGUUAAAUUCACUGUGAAGGCAACAUACUUAAAAAUUCUCUUUUGCAAAAGAACUACAGUGUGGGACACUGACAAAUUGAAUCAUUUCUAGUUAUUGUAUUUUUAAGUUAUGAUACUUAACUAGACCUUGGAAAUCUUAGGCUAUUGAUGCCAAUCACUGCAGACAUGGCUCGUGCUCAGAAAUGUGAAUAAACAAUGUUUUAUGACACUGGUGGGGACAGAUUCCCAUACUGCAUUCAUUCCUGUACUCUGUUAUGCCCAGGGUAGCAUCUUCCAGUUGGGGAUAGCUAAUCACUGCACAUUGAUCAAGGUAUUGAUUUGUAGUUUAAUUAAGAGGGAAGCACUUUUUUGAAUCAAAGUAUCUUUACUUUUAGUUUGCCAGAGACAAUAUUUUUCUGUGUAAAAAUGCACAGUCUUAUAUCUUGUUAUAUCAUGUCUUUGUGAUAUCCCUGGCAGACCUGCUCCUUUAUUUUUUUUUUAUUUUUUUAUUGAAUAUAAUCUUCAUUACAUUUCAAAUGGUAAAACUUUUCCCUGUUU